AUGGCACCCGUUCAAAGAGACAUACACUCCGAUCUGGAGGCCCAGAUCAAGGACAUAAUCCAAGACCUCUUCAAGGUCAUGGUCGUAACCUCCCACUACGACACCAGCGGCAGGCCCAGCAAAGAAGUCCUCGCAAACAGCCUAAAAACCCUCUCAACCUCCCUCCAAACUCUCAACUCAACCGCCACAGACCCAACCCUCCCCCUCCCCCAAGUCCCCCCCGAACUCGUCAAAUACGUCGAAGGCGGCCGCAACCCCGACAUCUACACCCGCGAAUUCGUCGAGCUCGUGCGCCGAGGGAACCAGCUCAUGCGCGGCAAGAUGCACGCCUUUGCCACCUUUCGCGAUAUCCUCGCCGAGCAGAUGGCCGGCGCCAUGCCCGAGCUCAAGCCUGAUGUUGAUAGGGUGUUGGAGGAGACGAGGGUUGGGAGCAGUGCGACUGGGGGUGUGAGGUCUGGGUCUGGCGCUGCUGGCGGUGGUGGGGAUGGGACAAGUAACUGA